CUGUUGCACUCGCCCGUCACUACUGCAGAAAAGUUGCAUCCAGCGGCUAAGAGGAGCCCGGUCGAAGACAUUCCUAAUCGCCUUCAGUCUUUUCUAAAUCACUAAAACCCACAAGAUGUCCACCAAGGAGAAGCUGAUCACCCAUGUGAUGAAGGAGGAGCCUGUGGGCUGCCGGAACAAGGUGACAGUGGUGGGCGUCGGCAUGGUGGGCAUGGCCUCCGCCGUCAGUGUCCUGCUCAAGGACCUGUGUGAUGAGCUGGCCCUGGUUGACGUGAUGGUGGACAAGCUGAAGGGCGAGGUCAUGGACCUGCAGCAUGGAUCCCUCUUCCUCAAGACGCACAAGAUCGUGGCCGACAAAGACUACAGUGUGACCGCCAACUCCAAGGUGGUGGUAGUGACGGCCGGGGCUCGCCAGCAGGAAGGAGAGAGCCGUCUCAACCUGGUGCAACGCAACGUCGACAUCUUCAAGUUCAUCAUCCCCAACAUCGUCAAGUACAGUCCCAACUGCAUCCUGUUGGUGGUCUCCAACCCAGUGGACAUCCUGACCUACGUCGCCUGGAAGCUGAGCGGUUUCCCACGCCACCGUGUCAUUGGCUCCGGCACCAACCUGGACUCUGCCCGUUUCCGCCACCUGAUGGGAGAGAAACUGCACAUCCACCCUUCCUCCUGCCAUGGCUGGGUCAUCGGAGAGCACGGGGACUCCAGCGUGCCUGUGUGGAGUGGUGUGAACGUUGCCGGCGUUUCCCUGCAGGGUCUCAACCCACAGAUGGGCUCCGCCGACGACAAAGAGUCCUGGAAAGACGUCCACAGGAUGGUGGUUGACAGUGCCUACGAGGUGAUCAAGCUGAAGGGCUACACCUCCUGGGCUAUUGGCAUGUCUGUGGCUGACCUGGUGGAGAGCAUCCUGAAGAACAUGCACAAAGUCCACCCUGUGUCCACUCUGGUCAAUGGCAUGCACGGAGUGAAGGAUGAGGUGUUCCUGAGCGUCCCCUGCGUCCUCGGAAACAGCGGGCUGACGGACGUCAUCCACAUGACCCUGAAGCCCGACGAGGAGAAGCAGCUGAUCAAAAGCGCUGAGACCCUGUGGAGCGUGCAGAAGGAGCUCACCCUGUGAGGAGCUCUCUCUCACACACACACACACCUCACGUCCACGCCCAAAAGAUACACCUCUACAGUGGCUCCCCCCCCUCCCCAGCUCCUGCUAGCUUCCCUAAUGUACCUAUGAACCUUGACCCCUACCAGAGACGGUGAAUGAGGCCUCUUAUGUAUUUGGGGGCGGGAUCAUGUAUCGUAUCCAACAGGAGCUUAACAUCAGCUCAGGAUGUUUGUUUUGGCAUGAGAUUCACAGGUGUCAUUUCUCCUCUCUACCCCCCCCUCCCCCAUCCCCCCUCCUUCCUCUCUCUCCCUAUGAGACCUUCUGUGAGUCCUCUCAGCAGAUCUAACCUGUAGACCUUAACCUGGCCACAGCUGUGUCUGCCGGCGGGGGGGACAGAGGGGGGGGAGGGGGGUCUCUGUGUACAAGCCUCCCAAGGCCCUGGCUUACCUUGCGAAACAAAUGGCCGUGUCGCUUACUGCCGUCUAUGCCCCUCGUCUUUGUCACACUCCAUGUACCGUGCGGACAUCCUGUAGCCUUUAUCUUUGUUUGUGAAUGUAUCGUGUGACGCCUCUCGUGGUCAGGUGGGCCUGGCACUUCCCUUUUCUCUCUAUUCUGUGAACGUCGCGUGUUCAUCGAGGCUUCUCCGUGUUCUCCAUGCUGCAGCGUUCUACACAGAACCCCCACAGGCUGCCAUGUUGUACACACGAGUAACCGUGAGUAGGCUAAUGGUGCUCGAGUCUUUCUGUAGGGAAAGGCUGACCCUGGUUUGUUUAUCUGGGUUUAAGGGCAUUGGGCUUAAAACACUGCCAGCUACAGUAACUACCUGAUGUCUCUUUGUCACUGCACACGUUCAGAAACGGAGAAUCAAUGGGAGCCUGUGCCAUGGCCUCCACACUGAUCUGAUGGCACAUCCAUAUUUGUUUGUAACUGAUUGUGGCAUUUCUGUUUGACGUGUCGUUUGUGCUUCUGUACACCCUAAAUACCCUCAUUUUUUUGUGUGACUAUUUCUCUACCUUGUUUUGGGUUAGAAAAACCCAGCCAGGUGUUUGAAAACUCAUGUACUGUAUCUGUGACGACACUGUCCUUAAGGCAGCAGUAUUCAUUGUUUUGAAACUGAACGGUGAGCUGUCGCGAAAUUUCUCCUGUCAAGUUCCCUUUCUGGCUUGUGACACUGUCAAAGAUGCUGAACUUGCUCCACCAUCAAAUAAAAAAAGAUUUGAAUGAC